AUGAGCGUUGCGGAUCCGUGGUGCAAUCCAAACCCAAGUAGUGACGCAAUCUGCUCCGCUGUCCAGCUGCAGUUCGAGGACAACUUUGAGCCAGCCGCCGUCGGGGAUCAGCAGCAACCGCGGGACGGAAGACUUCCGGACUCGGACAGCUAUUUGGCCGCGUUAGAACGUAGACUUCGUAGGCUGAGGACCAAUCCGACCGUCCUGCAGCAGUUGGCCGAACGUCGCGAAGCUUGUAUGCAACAGCUGCUGAACGACCCCGCCGCCUCAUCGCAGAACUACGACCAGCUGGACGAGCCCGUGUUCAACCACGAACUGUUGCGCAUCAUUCGGCCGGAACAAGCCCUCUCGGCAGCGGAGCUAGCCCAUCUUCUUAAGCACGAUCAUCUCGAGGGAGAGGAAACCCAGGAAGAGCAGCAGCAGCAACAGGACUACGGCAAGGAAGGGGAGGAAAGUGGAACCGAGAGCUCCACCAGUCGUUAG